CCAAAAAAAACCAAGAAGAAGAAGAAGUGGUCAGCGCCUCUUACAAACUGCUAUUUUAACAUCAGUAAGCAUCAUGUCGGAGCCUACAGUCCGUGUAUCCGGGAUCGUUUUAGCUUCUUUCAUGUUCCAACAUUUUAACAAUGACUCAGACGUGGAGGGUCUCGUGCUCGGAGAGAGCAGGUUUGAUGAGCAGGUUACCAUCAGUGACUCCCAGUCUGAAAACAUUCACAUCGAGGAAGUAUACAAUGUCCAGAAGUACAUCACCUGCCACAGACUGAACUCUCUGUACAGCUGCUCUGGGAAGGUGAACAUGGAGGUGCUGCAGGAGAUGCUGGCGGACAACAAACAGGACAGCGUGAUCGGCUGGUACCGGCAGCGCAGGAACACAGAGCAGAACAUGACCUAUAGAGAGAAACUAGUCCACGAACAGCUGAAGUGCGCUCUGUCCAACCCUCACAUGAUCUUCAUGCUGCUGACACCCAGCAGAGUGACGCCGACAGGCUCCACUUACAAGAUGGAGUACUCCUCCUUCAUCUUCCGCAGCAGGUGCUUCGUGAACGUCCCUGUGAUGGUCAACAACCUGGGUCUGCUAGAGCAACAGGCGUACUGGAAGGUGUCCGCUCCGUGUUCUGCAGCAGGUUACAGCUUCACCAUGGAGAAACACAGGUCCAACUUCUUCUCCCCCAACGGGCUGCUGAAGGAGGUGAACGAGGUUGAUAACAUGAACGAGUCACUGCAGGCAGAGCUUCAGAAAGCGUGCAGAGACGUGGAGGAAAGUGAGCGUCAAGUUGAAGCGCUGCAGACAGAGGUUUCGUCUCUCAGGAAGAGGCUCAGGGAGAAGCAGCAGAACAUGGCAGAGAAAGAUGGCGAAACCGAAGACUCAACCCAACCGAGGAACAACCUGCUGCUGCUGGAGGCCGUCAGAAUGCUGCUCGGCUCCGCUCCCCUGUUCCUCACGCAGACAUUAAACCUGCAGGCAUUCCCUAUCCCUGAGCAAGAUGUUUCCAUGGCAACACAGGAACAACUGCAGGAAACGGUGCCAGUGAGGGAGAGGAAACGGAAAAGGAGUAGUUGCUGAUGUGAUGUUCAGGAAAACAAGUGUUAACCAUGUACAUGUUUGUGUAUUUAAUGUUGAUUUAAAAGGCCCUCUAAGGUUGUUUGUUAUAUUUUGGGGAUUUGUUGAAAAUGUUUUAUUGAUAAAGAUGCUUCUCUAAAAGUGCUGCAGCCAUCGUUGUUGUUAUUCAGCUUUAAUGUUUGUUGUUACAGAAAUCAUG